AUGCGCAACGAGCCCAAGGCGCUCGUUGACGGGGUGUGCAAUACUGCAGAACUUAUCUUAAAUAAGGGGCUGGCGAGCGUGUUCUUGACGCUCCUCGCGCUGGCCACCUGCGAGCAGCAGUCGGGGCAUCUGUACACCUCCCUGACCGCGGUCGACGACCUCUUCGCCUUCGAUCAGUUGCUCGCCGCUGCUCUGCACCUCGCCCCGGAGAUGAGCCCAGAGGCGGAAAGGUACCUGGAGUCGCAGGCGUGGGUGGCGGCGGACAGGGCGAGGGGCGGCGGGCAGGAAUACGCCGUCACGGGGAACCCUCUGCAUAUCUACGCUCUCUUCAAACGUCUUGUGCUCUACUGGCCAGAAAUCGACAAACAAUUCGCUUCUUUCAAUACUGAAGAUAGCGAGUGCAACGACGACAUGCCCGAGUGCAUGAACUGGGCCGAGAGGGGGGAGUGUGAGAUCAACUCCUCGUGGAUGCGUCGCAACUGCCGCUAUUCCUGUGACGUCUGCCCGAGCCCAGAGUUUCUUGUCGAGGUGAGGAGAGUGUUGGCAGCCAAGAUUACCACCGUCUUGCCAACAGAAAACGACCUCAGAGGCACAGCCAUCGCGCUCUCCCGACUUCGGAAAGUGUAUAAGCUGCACAUAAGAGAUCUGGUGCAAGGCCGCCUCCUCCACACUUUCAGCUCCGUCAGGUUGUCUGUGUUCGAUUCUCUGAGGGUUGCCAACGCUUGCUAUACCUCCGAUGACCUAGCUUCUGCCUGGAUGUGGUACCGACACAGCUUGCGGAUGACCUCUGACCUCGAUUUGAAGGCACACAUUUCUAUGCUCAUGGAACCCGUGCUCCGGAUGCACGAUGACGCAUUCAGGAAUGACCACAAUUAUUUCCCGGCGAAGAUCUCCACGAGUCAGGACCAGCUCUCUUGGGACGGUGACUACGCGAAGCUCUGUCGCGGAGAGCUUAUGAUGACGGCAGAGGAGGCCUCGCAAUUGCACUGCCACGUGUCUUCGCGAGGGAGUCCGUACCUUACACUCCAGCCUAUCAAGUAUGAGGAGCUGCACUACAGCCCUGAGAUGUACAUGUUCUACGACGUCCUCUCUGAUGCCGAGAUACGCGCUAUUCAGGACACCGCCAAAUCAAAGCUGGCUCGGUCACACGUCUUAUCAAAGGAGAGGUUGAGCGAAAUCCGAGUGUCCCAGACGGCAUGGCUUGCCAACUCUACACAUCCAGCACUGCCGGAGAUCAAUCGAAGGAUCUCCCACAUCACUGGACUCCACGUGUUCGAAGGACCUUUCGAAAACAGGGGCGGGGAAGAGCUACAGGUUCUUAGUUAUGGCGUCGGUGGACACUACCAGUACCACAUGGACCACUUCUUUAAAAUCUACCAUCGUAGUCAAUGGAACACGACGAAAGCCGACAAGGGCACUCUGAUAAGCGGGGAACGAUUGGCCACCUGGAUGUUCUAUCUCUCUGACGUGGAAGCCGGUGGGUGGACAGCCUUUCCGAAGGCAAGGAUCUCCGUAGCGCCCGUCAAAGGAGCGGCAGUCAUGUGGUAUAAUCUGAAGGAGAAUGGAGACUGCAACUGGCGGUCUCAACAUGGAGGAUGUCCAGUGAUUUUAGGACACAAGUGGGUUGCCAACAAGUGGAUCAGUGAGCACAUAAACUUCUUGACUCGACCCUGCAACUUAGAUCCUAACAAAUGAAUCUUAUCCUGAUCUGAAUUCAAAAUGAACUGGAAUGCAAAAUAUUGUGUAUUUGGGAAGGACUGUUAACUAUAGUCCAACGUAUGUGAAUCAGUCGCAGGGGAACAUAUAUGUGGUAUUGUGUUUUUCUUUUGUUUGUUGCUUUAAAUAUAUUGUUGCGUGAAUGAAUAUGUAGUUCAUAUUAUAACUACAAAAAAAAAAGUCUUUCGUCUUCAAUUUCUGUGCCUUUUCUUCUCUGAUAAACUAGAAUAUUAAUGGUAUUAUAAUGGAUUGUGCAUCUGGAUCUGAAUAUGCUAAUAUCUUCCUUUGAUAUCAGGUAUUGAUCUGUUUACACGCAUAUUAAAGCAGUUUUCAUUUUCGCUUUAUUUUCUGAAGCUUAAAAAGAUAAUCAUAUGCAUUUAUUUUAUCAGUUAAUUUAUUUUAAUUCUAAUUAUCAGUUUGUCGUUCUAUUUCACGGGCAGGAAGAUUCCACAGUGAUAAUUUCCUGAGAUUAUUUUUGUUAUCUGCAUAAGUGUCUUAAAAUUGCCUGGAAAGUUAGUUUAAUGCAUUUUGAUCAGGCAGUAAAAUUUUGGCAAAGAGAUUAUCAUUUUAUGUACAUGUAAAAGUGUAUCUUAAUAUAUUUUUUUCUGAAUCUCUUGGCCACUCUUAGUAAUUAAAUGCAUUAUGAGAAUUCACUACACUAUUAUCGUUAUUCAUAUCAUUAAAAACAAGGCGUUUUCCUCAAUUAUAUAAUCAGGAAUGUUGAUCGUUCAGUGAAUAUACUGAAGCAAAACUGA